CUCUUUUCCUUUAAGUUCUGCAUAUUUAUAUCUUUAUUUAUUUAUAUACAAGCGCAUACAAACUUGUUCAUAAUUUUUUCUGCUGCAUAAUUUGGUUCUUUUCACUGUGCCAUUUUGAUGUCUACACCAUUAGAACAUGAUUACAUAGGCUUAGGAGAGUCUCCAUCCAUGGAGAAAAGCUGUGAUAAGAUAUCCUCUUCAGUUUCCUCUAACCUCUCCUCUGAGGACGAAAACACUUCAUCUCUCAACUUCAAGGAGACUGAGCUAAGGCUUGGCCUCCCAGGUUGUGACUCUCCUUGCAAAAACUCAGUACCUGGAAUCUCUCUUUUUGGCAAGGAUUUGCAGAACAAGCACAAUGGCUAUUCUGCUUCUUCAGCUCCUUCAAAGAACCUUGUGGCUGGGGCUAAGAGGGGCUUCUCUGAUGCCAUUGACGGUUCUUCUUCUGGGAAAUGGAUUUUCUCAGUGAGUGAUGGAACUGAGGGCAAUGGAGCUGCUUUGUUUUCCCCUAUAGGCCUUGUUGUUUCAGAGGGUAAGCAUAAUAGCCUUCAGGCUAAUACCUCUGUAGGAAGCAACAAAGAGGUUGGUAAUGGUAUGGUUCCUCAGUCUGAGAAGAAAGCUCACGAAAAGAAGCCUCAGGUUGAUGCAACAAAUGAGCAUGGUAGAGCUCCUGCUUCCAAAGCACAAGUUGUAGGAUGGCCACCAAUCCGAUCUUUUCGAAAGAACACGAUGGCCUCUAAUUUGGCAAAAAGCAAUAACGAAGCUGAAGAGAAAUCAGGAGUUGGUUGUCUUUAUGUAAAGGUCAGCAUGGAUGGUGCCCCUUAUCUCAGAAAGGUUGAUCUGAAAACCUACGGCAACUAUGUUGAACUUUCUUCUGCUCUUGAGAAAAUGUUCAGCUGCUUUACCAUAGGUCAAUGCAGUUCUCGUGGAGUUCCUGGGAAAGAUGGCUUAAGUGAGAGUGCCUUCAGGGAUCUUCAUGGCUCUGAAUAUGUUCUUACAUAUGAAGAUAAAGAUGGAGACUGGAUGCUUGUGGGUGAUGUCCCUUGGGAGAUGUUUACUGAGUCAUGUAAGAAACUAAGGAUAAUGAAAGGCUCUGAAGCAAUCGGGUUAGCUCCAAGGUCCAUGGAAAAAUCUAGGAGCCAAAACUAAUACAGAAGAAUCUGCUAGACCAUUGGGUCAUUCACUUAAGCAUAUAAAGAAGGUUUACAAUAGAGUUUGAGUUUAUGGUUCUGUAAGAAAUAAAUAAAUAAAAUGCGUAAUGUAGCGUUUCAAUUUUUGUGCGUUCAGACACUGACAAGUUUCAAUUUCCAUGUGUAACAACACUUAACAUAUUUUGUUGUUUACUUUUAUGGUGUACCUUUGGAUUCCUGUUGCUGUAUAAAAGAAAUGUUUUUUUUUU